CCUUACACCGCACCCCUCUACUGCGCAGACGCACACUCAUCGCCACGCCCCUUACUCUGAGCGCCUUGAAGCAUUUGGGUUGUGUGCGCAAGCGCAGUGUUUGGCUGGAAGCAAGCGGCAGUGAGAAUAUAGAGGCAGUCGCAGGAGCUCGCAGUGAGCGGUCGGAGUGUAGUGGUGUUUAAAGCUCAUGAUAAAGGACGGCGCCAUCUAGCAGUGUUGUUUAAAAAGUUGGAAAGAAAGGUGUGCUGGGAUGGGUAAUCUUCUUAAGGUGCUUACCAGGGAAAUUGAAAACUAUCCACAUUUUUUCCUGGAUUUUGAAAGUACCAAAUGGGAAAUCUUUUAAAAGUUCUUACUUGCACAGAGCUUGAUCAGGGGCCAAACUUUUUCCUUGACUUUGAAAAUGCUCAGCCGACUGAUGGGGAAAGGGAAGUGUGGAACCAAGUUAAUGCAGUUUUGCAGGAUUCAGAGAGCAUUCUGUCAGAUCUUCAAGCCUAUAAGGGAGCUGGACAAGAGAUAAGAGAUGCUAUACAAAAUCCCAACGAUAUCCACCUUCAAGAAAAAGCCUGGAAUUCUGUGUGUCCUCUGGUUGUGAGGCUGAAGCGCUUCUAUGAAUUUUCUUUAAGACUUGAGAAAGCUUUGCAGAGUUUGUUGGAGUCCCUGACCUUUCCGCCUUACGCUCCUACACAGCAUCUAGAGCGAGAGCAAGCCCUUGCCAAAGAGUUUGCAGAAAUUUUACAUUUCACCUUGCGUUUUGAUGAGCUUAAGAUGAGAAAUCCAGCAAUUCAAAAUGACUUCAGUUACUACAGGAGGACAAUAAGUCGUAACAGGAUAAACAACAUGCAUCUAGACAUUGAGAACAACGUCAACAAUGAAAUGGCCAACAGAAUGUCCCUGUUUUAUGCAGAAGCCACACCAAUGCUAAAGACUUUGAGUAAUGCCACAACAAGCUUUGUCUCCGAUAACAAAACGUUACCCAUUGAAAAUACAACAGACUGCUUAAGUACAAUGGCCAGUGUAUGUAAGGUCAUGCUGGAAACACCAGAGUACAGCAGCCGAUUCACCAGUGAAGACACGCUCAUGUUCUGUAUGAGAGUCAUGGUCGGAGUUAUCAUCCUGUAUGAUCACGUGCAUCCUGUGGGUGCUUUCUGCAAGACGUCGAAGAUUGAUAUGAAGGGGUGUAUAAAGGUUCUGAAGGAGCAGCCACCCGAUUCUGUGGAAGGGCUGUUAAAUGCUCUCAGGUUUACAACAAAACACCUGAAUGACGAAUCCACUUCAAAACAGAUCCGAGCUAUGCUUCAGUAAAAUCCUAUGAUUGAAGAGGAUUCUUUUACUGACCUCAGAAGAUGUAUAUGUUUACAUAAUUUAAUACAGAUUGAUGUUAAUACUUAUGUGUAGUAAAUAGCCAUUACCUACAUGUCACUGAAACCUCUCGCUGUAUCUGUCUCCUUAACGGAUUCUGCACAACCUGCGCUGACACUCCAUUACUAUGUGAUUCUCGAGAUGAACAAUGACUGUGUAUAUAUUUUUCCUUUUUUUUUUUAAUCAAAGUGCUUAACAAUAUUUAAAAAGAAUGUCUUGAUU